AUGGCCAUGCUCUUCUUCUAUGCUUUCAUGGUGGUGGGUGUGCUCUCUCAAGCACACCCAACCCCACCAAUUUCUCUCACCGUUGAUCAGUCCGGCAAAGGUGACUACACCAAAAUACAAGACGCCAUUGACGCCGUGCCGUCUAACAACGUCGCGCCUGUGUCGAUUUGGGUUCGACCUGGUGUCUACCAAGAAAAAGUUUACGUGCCUGCAGACAAACCCUUUAUAAAAAUGAGUGGCACAAACGCAGAGCAGACCAUAGUAACAUGGAACCAAGCUGGAUGGAUAAAUCAAACCGCAGUCUUUGCUGUGUGGGCUUCUGAUUUUACAGGACGCCAACUCACAAUUCAGAACACUUAUGGAGCGGUUGGCAAAGCAGUGGCGCUAAGGGUGUCGGGAGAUAGAGCAGCAUUUUAUGGGUGCAGAAUAUUGUCUUAUCAGGACACCCUACUUGACGAUACCGGCAGACACUACUACAACAGCUGUUAUAUUGAAGGAGCUACUGAUUUUAUAUGUGGAAAUGCUGCUUCUUUUUUUGAGGUUUAG